AACACAAACUGGGAGGCAAUACAUGGUCUGUUUUAAUUAAGUUGCGAUACAAAUUUGAUUUAAAAAAAAAAAAAACUGCAUCCGAGAAAUUAAGUUGUAAUCAGAAACCGACUCUGCCUAAUUAUAGAGCAGCUCUGCGUCUCCCUCCAGCGGAAGCUAUUGUGCAUUUCACUGAACGUGGAGCACAACAAGAAGGACAACGUCAAGUGACGGGAUUUUUGAAUAGAUUUACACCUUCUAACAAAUCGACCAAUGAUCGUUGGAGGGCUGCAGAUGUUUGGACGACAGUUCUCCACACUUAGAAGCUGGUUGGUGGUUUGUGGUGACUGUUGCCGUGAGUGAGAGGAGCCGUUACAGACUUAAGUUGUGGAAACACUGAAGCAACGUGAGGUGGCUUUACAUGCGCGGAGAUUUCAGCUCCCUCUCCAAAGAUAAUGUUUAUCAAAAUAACAAACUGGCAUUUGAUGUUGCAGAGACAAAGCUGGGCAUCCCUGCUCUGCUCGACCCACAGGACAUGGUUUCCAUCAAGGUGCCUGAUUGUUUGAGCAUCAUCACGUAUCUUUUCCAGUACUACCACUUCUUCAGCAGGAAGCCUUAUGCAGGUCUUGCCAGUUUUAGGUCAUCACACAUCGCUGUCUUAGACAAUCUCACAAAGAGUAAAGCUCCUGUUGGUCUGAAACCCCUGAAGAGCUCGACUGAUCUGUCCAGCGGAGAAGAUAAUUUAUCCAGCACAAGACCACACACAGUGUGUCAUUUGUGUUUCAAACCUGUCCACCUUAUUCAGAGACAUCUGAUCGACGGAAAGGUCUACCAUCGCAGCUGUUUCAGAUGCAAAGUGUGCCACAGCACUCUUUUAGCAGGGUCUUACACAAAGGGGAGGGAUGCUGGCUCCUUGAUCUGUACUCACCAUAUAACGGACAGUAAAAGUACUCCUGUUGACCUCUGUCAGCAAAUUGGAUCUACGGAGAAUACACCCAAAUGUAAGUUUCAGGCAGGAUAUUUAUCUCUGGAUGGACUGACUAUCUCCAGCGUCCCUCAUUACACUGUUAAAACAGAGUCACAGGACAGGCUGGGUUAUAGAAGACUGGAGAUGGAGCAAAGAGAAAAGCAGGAGAGGAGCAGAGCGGUGAAAGACAGUGAAAACAGAGACUCACCUGUUGUAAUGAAGAGUAAGGUAAAGCCAGCACCUCCUAAUCCUCCCCCACCCAGAGUUAAAGACAAGACUGCCAAAGAAGCUGGAAAAGCUGGACCUGCACCCAUUCCAACAGACAGCAAGGUACAGCAGGAAGCGACAAAGACUGAAGAGCUGUCUGAGCUCUCUUCACCAUGUGCACUAGUGACAGAGGGAAACAGUCGGCCAGUUCCUGCACCCAGGCGCAUGAUGGACUCUGCUGUAGUCCCUGUUCCUGCACCCAGGACCAAAACUUUGCAGACUACCAGCAGCUCUCCUGCUGCAGGCAAUUCAUCCAGUCAAAGUAAAUCACCUAUUUCAUCUUACAUCACCAGCCCAACCAGUGGCAGCCCUAAAGUGAUUACCAACCAUCCAUGGAUGGCCAUUGUCCAUCCUGGACCCUGGACACAACUGCCUCCUGCUCCGGCCCCGGUACCCUCCCCUCGAUCCAAAUCUGUCUCUAACCCACGGGGGUUGUGGUACAGACCCAAACUCUCUCCUCCCAAUCCGUUUGCAGACGAGGUGGAUGAGGACACUCAGGAAGAGGCUGAAGACCAAUCUAAGCCCUUAGUGGCAGCUAGCCAAUCAGAGAGCAGUGGUAAUCUGACAAAUGAAUCGGUGAACACUGAUGCUUCAUUUAGCUCAAGUGAUGCUGAAAAUACUGCCAGUAAAUCUACAUCUGCUGAUGAUGUAAUGGACAAACUCAUUCCACUAAAGACACCAGAUCUCAAAGAGGCUGGUGGAGGUGCAGUAACUGUCGCUGCAGAGGAGGGAGACUCAGGAGGCUCCUUAUCAGGGCCGCAUGCCACUUCAGACGUAGCACAGAGUCGUAUUUUACCCAGGAGCCUUUCUGUGCCAGCUAUGACAUCUGAACACUCUCAAAGUCCUGUUGUGCCUUCUGACCUGACAGAGGCGAACGAAACUGUCACAUCAUCUCAAAGUAAGCAGGUCUGCAAAGAGAAUCCUUUUGAUCGAAAACCUGCAAUGUCUAGAUCAAAGACUUUCCAGGCCCUCCCAUCUUCACGGCCCACCGCUCCUGGAUAUGGCUUCCCACUCAUCAAAAGGAAGGUGCAGGCAGACCAAUAUGUUUCUACAGAAGACCUGCAGGUGGAGAUGGGACAACUGGAUAAACAUCUGGAGGCACUGGAACAAAAAGGAGUCAAACUGGAGAGGAAUCUGAGAGACUGCAAGAAUGACAAAGAGGAAGAACAAAUGCUGAUGGACUGGUUCGCUCUUAUCCAUGAGAGACAUAUUCUGGUGCGCAGAGAUACAGAGCUGGUUUAUCUGACAAAGCAGCAGAAGUUAGAGGAGAGACAGGCAGAUGUGGAGUACGAGCUUAGAUGUCUCCUUAAUAAACCAGAGAGUGACUGGAGUCAAGAGGAUCGAAGUCGAGAGCAGCAGCUGAUGGACGAGCUGGUCGCCAUCAUCGAACAGAGGAACCAGAUCAUCAGCAGCUUGGAUCAGGACAGGCAGAGGGAAAGAGAAGAAGAUGAGCUUUGGGAAGACAUGACGAAGAACAAAGAGUUCCAGAAAGAAGGACUGAAAGAGAUGAAGAAGUCAAAAGGAAGGUUCAAGCCAGCAAAAGUUUUUAAGAUGCUGAACCAUUAUGCAGCAAGCGCUAAAGACUCCAUGGACAAAAAGAGCUGAAGUGUUAUCAUGACUGCUGAAGAAUAGAAGAUACAGAUACAAAGACUCACAGACAACAAACUGAGUUAUACGUCUCUUUGAUAAAAGUGUAAAGAGUACUGUUUUACUACGAGAAGAUCAUUAUAUGAGCUAUAAGUUAAUAGUAAGGGUUUAUGUUCAUGUUGAAGAGCAGCUCAGUAACGUAGACAAGAUGAAAUAUUGUUUCGUCUUGGAAAGUGCAAAGGAUUUAGUGUAUCAAUGUAGUUUUUUCUCCUCCACAUUUCUUUACUUGCACUAUAUUUUACAUGCAAUCAGUAUGUAUGUUUUUAUUACAUACUUGUGCUAUUUGAAGUAUACAAUAAAUAUUUAUUUAGGAAAAUGUAAUGUCUUUUGUAUGGAGAACACUUGUAUAUUCUAUGAUUAAACAACUUUUAUUUGAAGCUCUUUUUUUUAGAUGUUAGUUGUGGAGUUUGCUGAAAAAGGUCAAUUUAAAUACACUCAUCAUACAGUCAAUCAGGUAAAACUGUCUUGAGUGUUUUUAUUAUCAUGUUAUUGUAAAUGAGUACACGAACAUUCACCUCACUUUGCACAUAUACAAGUGUAGUCAGCAUAUUAUUUCCAUUAUCUGUAUCAUCAUCUUUACUCUGUUAUGGUUUUAAGUCCAGAUAAACUAAAUAACCUUUUAAAUGUGUUGGAUAUACUUGAUCAUUUGAAGGCUGUGUUCUUAACUAACACGACUACGAAACUGACAAUUAAAACCCGAUCAUACCAAAAUACUAUUAUACUAAAAAACACUGGUUUCAAUUUUUCUAAACCCUCUGAUGAAGCUGCAGGACAAGCGGAACGAAAGAAAACCUUUUCUCUUGAGCACCUGGAAUAUUUUCCGGCGCGCACCAAGUCACCGGAAGCUGGACGCUCAACGUUCAUGCGGGGUGGUGUUGACAACAAAAAGUAUCUGUGGGAGAAAAGUAAUUUGUGGACUUCAGGGGACAUUUACAGACGUAACAACAAAAUAU